AAACGCGAUCGAUAGAUCGAUCGAUCAACAAUUAUUAAUUCUGACAAUCUAUAUUGGCUCGUUAACUAAUAUAGAUCGCUUAUAAAUGGCUGCAACCAAGUUUUUAUAUUUCGCGCCAAUUUUCUUUUAUCCGUCAACUCCUCGAAUACUACAUUAUUUUCCAUUAUUUCAUUCAUCGUAUCGCGAUCACGAUUUCAAAGAUCACAACGAGAAACGAGAAAUUGGAUCGACAACUUUUUCUUUCCCUACUUGUAAAUAUAAUCUCUUGCCGGUAUAAUUGCAAUGGAUCGCUCGAAUCGAUAGCUAGUAAACAUUUCAACUUCAAAGAACGAGAUUCCAUUGACGUUGUUUCAAUAAAUAUUUGGAUAAAGUAUUACUAUUAAUACAAUAGAUGAUUCAAAUCGAUAGACAAUCGAAAUUUCAUCAACGUUACACGGUAUUUCGAUAAAUAUAAGGUAUAGAUAAAGGAUCCACGAAACUUUGAGUUAACGAAGAAAACAACAAUUACGAAACUCUUCAAUCGAAACGAGGCAAACAAUGUACGCGCAUUAUCAUUUAUCAGAUAAUGAUCGUCGAAGUUAGAAAUUCCCCGGUUCUUAUUUCUUGAUAAACUCGCUAUCGCGUAAUCAUCGUGUAUCGAGUUUUUCUUUUUUUUUUUUUUUUUUUUUUUUUUUUUUCAAAACUUAAAAUCCUGUCUCGCGCGUCGCGUCUCCAGUUAUUUAUUUAUUUCAUAUUCGCGAUUAAAUUCUCGCCACACGAGAUUAACACACUCGCCUCUUAUAUUCGCGUAGUUAUCGCGCGGAACUCGGUUGGAAACAGCUUCCGGCACGAAGUCCGUUUUUCUCGACCACGUUUCUAGGUUCUCCGCCGAGUUACGGGUCCGGAAUAAUAGUCGUUGCCCCUGGUUUUGCACACACGCUGCUAUUGUCGGAAAGUUGGACGACCACGCGAUCCGUUUACACGAUAGCCGAGUUCAAGCCGAGUUUCGCGGUCAUGCUACUUUUUUCAGACAAUCAGCGUCGCCUCUCUUUCUGUUAUUCCUACGCAAUUCUAUCAUUCUUUCUCUCUCUUUCUCCACGGUGAAUGAGCCCUGUUGAAAGACGCCGAAUUUGUUACGUGUGCAAAAAACUAUUUUGCUGCGCGCAAUGCCGUGAACGUCAUGAGGAGAAGAAACACACAAAACGUUAUCCAAACUGUCCAUUCUGCAUGAAUCAGAAACUUCCGUUAAAAUUCUUCGAGGAUAAGGCACUUUUAUGUCAUAUAGUAAUAACACAUCUACCUCUUCAUUGUUGCUUGUGUGGUGAAAUUUUCAAGCAGAGUAAGGAUUUCGAGUCGUUCGGUCCUUGCAAAUGGUGGAAAUCUCAACGUCAUCAUUCGCUAAUAUCUGGAGAGCAGAAAUAUAUACUGGGGACACCACCUUCAACUUCAGAAGAAUCGCCUUUGUUUAAUGAUAAUUGUGGUCCACUGACUUCUCCACCAGAAUUUCAUAGAAAUACUAGCACGCCUAUGAUUCUCGGACAAAAAGCAAGUUUCGACUUUAAAACGCCCAAUGUUCCGAACUUCUCUUUGAAAACACCAGUAACUAAUUCUGCAUCGUCAAAAAACAGUGAAAUUCCUAGCGAUUUGCAAGAAAAUAAUUCGAAGUGCGACAAUUCGAGCAAUUACGUGACAUUUCCUUCUACCACCACUCACGAGGAAACUCCUUUCUAUUCCGUGCCAUUGAAACACGAAAAUAAAGAGGAAUUUCCCCAUAAUAAAUCUAAAAAUCUGGAUAACAUGAAAGAUAAUAUCAAUCCGACUGAAUGUUCCAAUAAUUGCGAAUUAGAAGAUAUGGAAUUAAUUAAUAUUGAAAAUGAAAUAUUACCAGAUUUUCAAGGUAUGGAUAAAUAUCAAGGGGAGAAACGAUCAGAUUCUACAAAGAAAGUUCGAUUUUCUGAUCAAUAUGAGGACUCAUCGGAGCCUAAUUCGACAACGGAAAACGAAGAAUAUUUCGAAGCAUGUGAGACGUUGUCGGAGAUGAAGGAAUCUUUGGAGAAACACAAAUCACAGAUUAAAAUUUAUGAGGAUAAUGCGAAGAAUAUAGAGAAAGAAAAUCAUAGUCCGAAUAGAAUGGAUGUAAUCGAUAAUAAUGAACAAGCAUCCAGUUCCUCGCGAAUAGUAAUGAUGGUAGUAAUGGAGAAUAAUUCUAAUAUUUCAACUUCUGAUAUAAUUGAUUCUAGUUUAAAAAAAUUAAAAUAUAUGACUUCAAAUUUUACAACCAAAAAUCAAAACUCUUCUAGUUGUAAUUCAAUAACAUCCAUAGAUAGUUAUUACAGUGUCUCUAAUUCAUCGUUGAGUAAUUCAAGUAAUUCUUCUCAAAAAGAUUCGAAUAUUUCGUCAAAUAGCAAUUCUGAUAGCAGUAAUUCUGGUGGAAUUUUAUCUGUAGUUACUAACGCAGUAAAAAAUGUCAUGAAAAACUUUUCCACUAUGGCUUCCUCCAAGACUGUUCCAAGUGAAAUCUCUAAAAAUGAAGACAGCCCAACAUCCUCCACUUCAGAUACCUUUGAUUUCUUGUCAAAUUUUGCGUCAUCCUUGUCUCAAAGACCAGGAAAACGAUCAAGGGAUGCUAUAGAAAGUUCACCCACGAAAAAAUCAACAGAAUUUGUUAUUCCUCAGAUUGAAAUAAGAAGUCCUAUCGCAAAACGGCAACGUGGGUGGUAUAAAAUUAAAGCGCGUGAACCGAUUGCAAGAAUGAAAAAUAAUAGACCUCCUCGAAGAGUGUCAUUAGAAACUCAAGUUUUCCAUCAGGGUUCAUUGUCGGUUGGCAAUACAGUUUUGCCCCUUCCCGAUAGAGCACAUCAAUCUACGCAAACCGAAUAA